AUGUCUACGGUCGUUCCGAUCUCUAAAAGAACGUUGGAUGACGAGCUCGAAUCCAUCGACGGUUCUUUGGAUAAAAACAUUCCAAACUCUACGGAAGGAGGGCACAUUCAAACGCAACAACACAAUGACCUUCAGGCUCUGAACGUAGCAGAACCAAAAAACAACAAAUCAUAUUCGGAAAAAGGAGACGAAUCUUCACAAUCCAACGUAAUCCAUGUGGCACCUAUUAUGAACGACUACAAAUGGUCGUUUUUUAAAAGACGUUUGGUCCAAACUUUUCUCGGAGGUUUAAGGCUGUACACUGAGUUCCGACAACCUGUUCUUGUGUAUAUUGUACAGCUGCUGUUAUUUAUUUUGCCAUUGGUCGCGACUCUGCCCUUUGUGUUGACUGCACAAUUUGACUUAUAUCCUCAUAUUGCUAUCCCUAUUGCUUCGUCUGGAAUAUUUUCUUUAAUCAUUACUUUUAUUCUGAACCUUACAGGAUUGAUUGCACAUUUCAUCAUUGCUAACAAGAAUUCAAAAGAAGGAGGAAUGCUAAGCGGAGCUGUAGAAAAAGAGGAAACAGUCGAUAAGGUAUUUUCUGUGCAAUUUUUAACAUUCAUUUUUCAAAAAACAGGAGCUGUUCGACUCACAGCAAACAGUGUCGUUUCUGGAUUGUUAGCAAGUGGAGUCGUUUGGACAAUGAGACCGUCACAGCUUCAAAAAUCUUUUGUUAAUUAUGAAUUUUCAUGGAUAUUUUUUGCCAUACAAUGGAUAUCAUAUUUACUGGUGGUUUAUUCUCUUAAUGUAAGGGCUCCAGCUGAACCAUGUCAGCUCUAUUCACAGGAAAUUUUACUUGAGAAUUCAAGACCGUUUUACCUAGCCCUAUCGAUCCUAUUUGACAUUCUCAGCGAGGUUGUCAUUUAUUAUGAGCCUUCAUCUCAAUGGUCGAAAUACGUUGCAGCAAGCUUUCUAUCCCUGUAUUUUAUAUCUCCACUUUUGCUCUCGCUUGGAUUACUUCCGUCACCUUGGACUUGCUGCAUGUGGUUUUUGGAGAUUGUAAAUGUUUAUGUUCAAGGAGGCUCUGCAAGCGCAUCAGAUCUUAAUAAUUAUGAGUAUGGAGUCAUGGAUAGGUGUGCUUGGGGUCUGGGUUUCUUACUUUCUCAAGAUUCUCUCGUUUCAAUAGUAGAAGAGCCUUUGUUAUUUUUAAAAAGAAAAGUCAUGAGAGAAAAAGACAAUUCCGAGGAGGUUCACACAAGAAAAAUAUUGAGAAAAUCCAAGUUAUUCUCACACAUCUCGCUUCUGCUUGUUGGAAUUGUGAUAUUAUUGGGAACAAGCGGUGCUGGAGCGUCACUUUACGUUUAUUUGCUUAAUUUACCCUCAAAGCAAGACAAUUACAAGACAUCAUGGUUCAUCUAUAGAUUCAUUGGCGAAGGCCUUUCUGCAUGCUACUUUGUUAUAAUGGUGUUGCUAAGCUCAUGGCAAAAAGUUUUUUGCUGUCACAUGCUUGGGAACAGGCUUAGAAAAAAGCUCAAAUAUUUAGGUUUUAUUACACUAUUCUUUGACUACUUGCUCAGAGCAGUCCUUUCAGCACAUUUAAUAAUAUACAUUGACGAUUUGAGAAUUGAUGUUUAUAAUUUUAAUUCCCUAAGCAUAAUUUUCAUGUUGCUUGAGAGUUCACUUCAGUUACGUGCUUUUAGACAGGUGUGGCAAGCACCGCUGAUUGUGUUGUCCUUUGAUUUUUUUGUUGCUGGCGCCGUUUUUGGAGUUUCUCGAGCAUUGCAGACUUUUACCAUACCCAUUUCCUAUGCAGUUCUGUUAGCAAUAAUUGGAUUUGUUUCAAGAAGAAGUGUGAUAGCAUGGAGGAGACUUGUAUUUUCUUUGGCAUUGUUUUUCAGCACACUGGCUCAAAAGAAACAACAUUAUCCCAAAUACAAGAUUUUGAGCGUUCUACUGAUUCUGAUAGCUCCUAUUUAUGCCGUAGUGCUUGCUUUUGGAACAUUGUUUACCUUCUCCAUAAUUCCUUUGUUUGGUCUUCCAUUCUUUGUGUUAAGUUUUCCAAGACCCUUCAGGACAUGGGGAUCUGUUGGCUCAAACAAUAUGAAUUCGGAGGAUACUAUUCUUUACAAAGUUAUGCUAAACAACGCAGUGAAGCAAUUCAAACACCUCGUUAAAUACUCAACCAUGUGGCACUUUGUGGACUGUGGUCAAAUGUAUAUGAUGAGAUCAGAAUACUAUAUAUUAUGGAUUGAAAUUCUUGAGAGAGGAAUCGAUUCUAUUCGAAUUAAUGUGAAAGGUUUAGAACUUCAAACAACCAGUUGCCACGCAGCAGAGGCCACUGCCUUGGACGGUUACUUGGAAUCAAGCUAUGACACUCCAACCACACAAAAAUCAUUUUUCUACGUGAACAAGAAUCCAAUUCAUAUUUUCGAGCCGCUCAGUGAAUGUAAAGUCGAUACAUACUCAGUUUCCAAUUAUCAACUUACAGGAAUAUUUGACAGUCCUUCAACAUUUUCAGAUUUACCACGAGUUUUCUCUCACGUCCUUGUUUAUAAUAUUCUCACAAGAUCACAAGAAGAGAUUAACUCGAUGAAUUUUGGAAAUUACAUCAAUAGUGCUACUCACAUGACCACACAUGUUUCUACUGCACCUACCGAAUGGAUUACCUUCGAAAACAGUUUUAGGUUCCGUACUCUAACUGAACACAUGGAAAAUUUAUCCAAGUUUGUCUUAAUGUGUGAACAGUUGAUUUCAUCCAACGCUAAUACGCCUAAGGAAAUUCAUCGAGUGUUCUUUGGUGAAAUUCCACAUUUCGAAAACAAUCACUCAGCGUUACCACUUAAUGAAGAGACUGCCAACGAUGAAAACAUCUUUGCCUACACCAAAAAACCAAUAGAACAAAUCAAAGAAGAAGAGAAUGCUCAACUCUCACAAGAACGAGAGUCCCUCUUCAAACAAAACGCAGUUUUGGAAGAGGUGUUCAUUUCGUCCUUUAGAACUAGUGUGAUCAUGUGCAUGAAUAGCUUGAUUGAGGAAGGUGAAAUUCUUGAAGCACCAGAAGGCUCCAAUGCGGAAGACAUGAAAAAGUUCCAUGCCAUGAUUGAACAAACAAGCAACGAAUGGACAAUCUUGAGUGAAAAAGAUCCGGUGGACAAGUAUCUAGACUUUUCAACAGGAAAUAACAAGAGUACGAAUGCACCUAAACAGCCUCAUCACAUCUUCAUUUUGGGAGAGAAGGAUCGAACGCAUGGUUCAUAUCGAGCAAGAUACCUCGCCAAAUCUGCUCCAAUCCACUUCUACCUUGGAAGACUAAAUGAAGAAGCGGUGAGAGCCUUUUGGUGCGAGUUGGCACAUGAAAUGUAUUAUGCAACAAAUGACGAUGAAGAACGUUAUUCUAUACAAGCACAUACAUGGCUGCUUAGAAACAUGUCCAUUCAAGCUGCUGAGCCACCUCUUGGCUAUCCAUUAUUUAACUCUGGAUCCGUGGUAAUUUAG